AGUCAAAAAAAAGUUAAUCUGUCAUGUCGCUUGCAUUGCUUGUCGUUACAGAAAACAAAAAUUCUUCAAAAUGAUUAAAUUUGCAAGCUUGUUUAGAUCUUUGACGUGAUUUAAUCUAUAAUAUAAUGAAUGUACCAUCUAAAGUCAGCUAGCUAAGAUUUCUUUUAAGUCACCCUUGUUUUUUAGUGAUUCAUCUAAGAUAAAAAUAUGAUGGGUCAAUUUUACUCUUUAUGUUUGUGAUUGUGUACAUAUUACUUUAAUAAUUCAUGUUUAGUGUUAAUGUGGUAUGGCACUCGUUACAAUUCGACGUUCCUCAACUGUACAAACUCCAGGGAAGACGGAUGAGGCAGAAAGAUCCAGUGAAAAUGAAGAAGAUGUCGGAAGCAGUGUCUGCAAAAGGUAGCCUCAAUGAGUGCUACUUCGCGAACAAGGGCGCGGCGCUGGUGCUGGGCGGCGGGGGGGGCGGCGCGGGGCGCGGGCGGCGGCGGCGCUCCCCCGCGCCCGGCCCGCGCCCCCACAUCCAGCACCACCUGCAGGCCAUGUUCUACCUGCUGCGCCCCGAGGAGACGCUCAAGAUGGCGGUGAAGUUGGAGAGCGCUCACGUGGGGCGCACGCGCUACCUGGUGGUGGUGUGCCGCGGCGACGAGGCGGCGCUGCUCGGCAUCGACUGCAACGAGGCCACCACCGUGGGGCUCGUACUGCGGGUGCUGGCGGAUACCAGCAUCAAGCUCGAUGGGGACGGCGGGUUCAGCGUGUGCGUGUGCGGCCAGCAGCACAUCUUCAAGCCCGUGUCCGUGCAGGCCAUGUGGUCAGCGCUGCAAACCCUGCACCGCGCCAGCGGGCGCGCGCGCUCGCUGAACCACUUCGCGGGCGGCGCGUCGCACGCGUGGGCCGCGCACUACGAGGCGCGCGUGGACUCGGACCGCUCCUGCCUCAACGAGUGGCACGCCAUGGACUGCCUCGAGUCGCGCCGCCCGCCCUCGCCCGACUCGCUGCGGCUCAAGCCGCGCGAGCGUUCAGAAACCGAGCGCGUGAUCCGCAGCACGCUCAAGGAUAUCCUGAUGAGUGUGGACCUGGAUGAGGUGACGAGCAAGGCGAUCCGCGGGCGGCUCGAGGACGAGCUGGAGGUGGACCUGGCGGAGUACAAGCCCUUCAUCGACCACGAGAUGCUCACCAUCCUGGGCCAGAUGGACGCGCCCACCGAGAUCUUCGAACACGUGUAUCUGGGCUCCGAGUGGAACGCGAGUAAUUUGGAUGAGCUACAGCGGAAUGGCGUGCGGCACAUCCUGAACGUGACGCGCGAGAUCGACAACUUCUUCCCGGGCAUGUUCGAGUACCUGAACGUGCGCGUGUACGACGACGACGCGGCCGACCUGCUGAAGCACUGGGACGGCACUUACAAGUACAUCGAGCGCGCGCGCCGCGCCGGCCGCAAGGUGCUGGUGCACUGCAAGAUGGGCGUGUCCCGCUCCGCCUCCGUCGUCAUCGCCUACGCCAUGAAGGCCUACAGCUGGAACUUCGAGCGCGCGCUGCGCCACGUCAAGGCCAAGCGCGGCUGCGUCAAGCCCAACACCAACUUCCUGCAGCAGCUCGAGACCUACCAGGGCAUCCUCGACGCCAUGAAGAACAAGGAGAAGCUGCAGCGGUCCAAGUCCGAGACCAACCUGGAGGCGGGGCCCGCGCCGGGCGGGGGCGCGGCGCGGGGCGCGGGGGCGGCGCGGGGGGCGCGGGGCGCGCGGCCGCGCUCCUGGUCGCCCGACGCACAGCUGGCCGCCGCGCUGCUGCCGCCCACCUCGCUGUCGCUGGAGCACCUGCCGCCCGCGCCCCGCGCCCCCCGCGCCGCGCCCGCGCUGUCCCGCCACAUGCUCAUGCCGUCGGCGCACGGCUCCUACAGCGUGUCCCCCAACCAGAUCAUGCGGCUCAAGGAGCAGCGCGCGCCGUCCGUGCGCCGCCUCGUGUGCCGCCUGGAGCGCCGCGCCGCCCCCGCCCCCGCGCCCGCGCCCGCGCCCGACCCGCCCGACCCCGCGCCGGACAAGACUAGUGACGCUCUCACUCAUCUAGCCGAUCGUAGUGUAGACAGUGACGAGGCGCGGGGGGCGGCGCGGGAGGAGGGGGCGAGCCGCCGCCGCGUCUCCGGCAGCUCCACCGACGGCGCGCCCGCCGAGCGCCCCCUCACGGACAACGAACGGAAGUUCAACGAGACGUGUGCCAUACUGAAGGAGCUGGGGGGCCUGGGGGGGCGCGCGCCGGGCUCGUGGGGGGGGCGGCUGUCGGCCUCCGCGCCCGCCGGCACGUGGCUGCGCGGGGGCGGGGCGCGCCGCCGCCGCCUGGCCGCCGCCUCGCAGCCGGACCUGUCGGCGCCCCCGCCCGCGCCCGCGCCGUCCCCCGCCGCGCCCGGCCUCGUCAGCAACCUCAAGAAAGAGUUCGAGGCGCUCGGCGCGGGCGCGCGCGAGGAGGAGCCCCGCGCCGCGCCGCCCGCGCCCGACGACCUGUCCGUGCGCGAGCUGGUGGGGCGCUACGCCGGCGGCCCGCGCGCCCCCGCGCCCCCCGAGCCCCGCGCGCCGCCCCGCGCGCCCCCCUUCCUGCGGAACUCGUUCUGCGGCGCCCGCCCCGCGGCCGAGCGCCCCCCCGUCGCCCCCCACGUGGUGGCCAUGUCCUUCCCCCCCGCGAUGACUCCCGUCAUGUCGAAAGCUCAAAACAAGAAACAGUUGCAACACGGCAAGACUCACCCCCUCACGAGGCUCAACAUGAAUCGGUCGAAUAAUAGAUGUUCAAACCCUGUAUAUAAUACUAUGUAGGAUAUUUAUGUUUUAUUUAUUGUGAAUUCUUGCCAAACUCGAUAUUUUAUCUUUGUAGAGUUUUAUAUACUAUUUACAAAAAUGAAAUCACAAUGUAUUUGUUUAUCACAUUAAUUUGUAUUAAGCGACAUACUUGUGCGUAGCGAAUGAUGAUGUUAAUAAAAGGAAUAAAUUCAAUACAACUGA